CCAGCUAGUACUCUUUUUUUUUUUUACCAUACACGUACGGCGUACCAAGUGAAGGAGAGGCAGAGCGGGUGCAGAGGCGAUAAGCACACUAGGUACCUCCCUGUCAGAGCAUCCCAGGACAUACGCUACCCGCUACUCCAUCCGCAUUUUGGCGUAUAGGAGCGAAAAAACAAGGUCCAGGAGAUGUGCCAUCCAAAGCGCUAAAAGUGUCGGAUGCGCUAAACAGAGAGAGAGAAAAGCCAAAAAUAGCGUGUCUCUCUCCUCACGCCAAAUCGUAACAACCGCAUCUGGAUCGAGCUCCCGCCCCUAUCCAAACUUCCGCGACCUCCUCUCCAUCGCCGUCGUGGCCGGCCAGCGAAGAAAAUUGGGAUCCUAGUCAAAAUUUUCCCCCAACAGGACAGCAGCCACAACAUAGUCCUAUGGUUGGUGAACAGCCAAGUGCUGAAGUUGGAGGGUCCUCUAGACCCAACAAUAAGCGAUCAAAAAAUUUCAACACUGCGGAAGAUCAAAUGUUGGUGUCAGCUUGGCUGAAUACAACUUUAGAUGCAAUCACAGGUGUUGAGCAACACCGUGACUCUUAUUGGGCAAGGAUUCAUCAAUACUUCCAUGAAAACAAAAAUUUCCCCUCAGAUCAAAACCAAAAUUCACUUAACAACUGUUGGGGUACCAUUCAAGAACAAGUUAACAAGUUUUGUGGAUAUUAUGAGCAGAUUCUUAAUGGACCUCAAAGUGGAAUGGUUGUUCAAGAUUAUAUAACUCAGGCUUUUACUUUGUACAAGUCAGCAGAGAAGAAGACAUUUUCUUUAAUGCACUGUUGGGAGAUUUUGCAUCAUCAUCCAAAGUGGAAUGAUAGGUUGUUCCAGAAAAGACAGAAGGCUCAUGUCGAUCCUUUAGUGAGACCAUCUGCAAGCACAAACUCUAGUGAAUUUCAUUACAGCCCCGACAUUAAUACCUCUGAUCCUUUAGUGAGACCACCUGGGAAGAAGGUGGAAAAGGCAAAAUGCCCGCGAGGUAAUACUUCUUCAUGCUCAAGUGAGAGUAGUCCUGUAGUUAUUGCAUUAAAUAACAUGUGGUCAGAGAAAAAGGAGAUGAGUGCACAAUCUAGGGAGGAAAGAAAUGACCGGUUGGUUGAAGUUAUUUCACUAGAGAAAGAGAGGUUGAAAGUAGAAAAACGAAAGUUAGAUAUAGAAACCCAUGAAAGAGAAGAAAGAAUUAUGAAUAUGGAUCUUAGUGCUAUGGAUGGGCCAAGAAAAACAUAUUACUUGCGUUUGCAGCAGGAGAUCAUAAAGGCUCAUAUGGAUUGAUUUCAUGAUGUAUGGAUAUGUACUAUUUAUUACUAUUUUCUAAUGGGUUGUGAACUUUUAUGUUGUAUGCCGUGUAGGCUUUGAUGUAUUAUGUAAUGGUUAUUGUUGGAACUUAAUGUUUUGUGACCUUUAUGCUGUACUAUGCAAGAAUGCUAUGAUUAAUUGUGAGCA